AUGGCUACCGAUCUGGAAUGUCAGACGUCGACAACAACUCCUGAAAUCGAUGAACGUCUUUAUUCACGACAACUUUAUGUGAUGGGGAAAGAAGCAAUGUACGAAUUACGUAAUGCUGAUAUUCUUAUAUCAGGCAUGCGUGGUCUUGGUGUUGAAAUUGCUAAAAAUCUGAUAUUAUGCGGUGUUAAAUCAGUUAUUGUUCAUGAUUGUAACAAUGUUGACUACAAAGAUUUAUCAUCACAAUAUUAUUUUUCUGAAUCUGAUAUUGGUCAAAAUCGCGCUGAAGUUGCUAAAGAAAAAUUAUCUGAACUGAAUAAUAAUGUUAAUGUGACAUAUUCUUCAUCCAAUAUUGACGAAGAUUUUCUUCAAAAGCAUAAAGUGAAUGUAUUUGUUCUUACUGAUGGUGAUAUUGAUAAUCAAGUGAAAAUAGGUGAUUAUUGUCAUGAACAUGGAAUAAAAUUUGUUAAUGCUAAUACAAAAGGUUUAUUUGGACAAAUAUUUUGUGAUUUUGGUCAAAACUUCAAAGUACUCGAUACAAAUGGUGAAGAUCCAAUAACAGAAGAAAUAGUUGAUUCAAUCAGUCAUGAUGAAAUUGGUGUUGUAUCAAUAGCAACAUAUACAAAACAUAGUUUCGAAGAUGGAUCAUACGUUACUCUUCAUAGUGUGAAAGGAAUGACUGAAAUUAAUGAUCGUGAAUUCAAAAUCACUGUACUAGAUCCAUAUACAUUUAUUAUUGGUGAUACAAGAAAUUUUGGUGUCUAUGAAGGUGGGGGAACAGUUACUGAAGUCAAAAAAACGGAAACUGUGCAUUUCAAAUCUUUUUCUGAUUCAUUGAAAAAUCCAGAAAUGUUAAUUUGUGAUUUUUCAAAGAUGUCAAUGUCUGCUAAUCUUCAUUUAUCAUUUCAA